UCAGACAGAUAAAUAGUGGUUUCCUUCAUGCACUCACUUUGCAGCGUUGAGUGUUGGACGAACCAAACUUUCAUUUGACCUUUUCACAGCUCGCAAAACAAGAGAAAGACAUGGCCGUCCAGGAGCAGCCGACCCAGAUGGGGAGAGCGGUGAUUUCCCAAGGCCCCGGGACAUGGAGCACCGGCCUCUGCGACUGCUUCAGCGAUAUGGGCACCUUCUGCUGUGGUUUUUGGUGCUUCCCCUGCAUGCAGUGCCAGACCGCUUCUGACAACGGCUGGUGCUUCUGCAUGCCGCUACUGGACGUCUGCUGCGUGGUGUCCUGCCUCCUCCGCGCCGACAUCAGAGAGCGCCACGGCAUCCCC